CGGCGCCCUGUAGGCUGGAGGAACUGUGAGGUAAACAGCUGAGGGGGAGGAGACGGUGGUGACCAUGAAAGACACCAGGUUGACAGCGCUGGAAACCGAAGCACCGAUUGUCCCCAGAACAGUCUGGUAGGGGCGCCAAUGAAGAGCCCGCAGAGUCGCUAGUGCACGUCCCGGACCCGGCGCGGCGCAGUCGUGUAAGACAAUGGCCCAGCAAGCGAAUAUCGGGGAGCUCCUGUCCAUGCUGGACUCCCCCUUGCUGAGUGUGCGCGAUGACGUGACAGCUGUCUUUAAAGAGAACCUCAGCUCUGACCGUGGUCCGAUGCUCGUCAACACCCUGGUGGAUUAUUACCUGGAAACGAAUUCUCAGCCGGUAUUGCACAUCCUGACUACCUUGCAAGAGCCUCACGACAAGCACCUCUUGGACAAAAUGAACGAGUGCAUGGGCAGAGCCGCCUCUCGGCUGCCCGCGUUGUCUCUGUUGGGGCACGUCAUCAGGCUGCAGCCACCGUGGAAGCACAAACUCUCCCAAGCACCUCUUUUGCCUUCUUUACUCAAAUGUCUCAAGAUGGAUACCGAUGUCAUCGUCCUCACAACAGGUGUCUUAGUGCUGAUCACCAUGCUGCCCAUGAUUCCACAGUCGGGGAAGCAGCACCUUCAUGAUUUCUUUGAUAUUUUCGGCCGUCUUUCGUCGUGGUGCCUGAAGAAACCAGGCCACGUGACAGAGAUCUAUCUUGUCCAUCUCCACGCCAGUGUUUAUGCUCUCUUUCAUCGCCUCUAUGGAAUGUACCCCUGCAACUUUGUCUCCUUUCUACGCUCUCACUACAGUAUGAAGGAGAACUUGGACACUUUCGAAGAAGUGGUCAGGCCAAUGAUGGAGCACGUGCGAAUUCACCCGGAAUUAGUGACUGGAUCCAAGGACCACGAACUGGACCCUCGAAGGUGGAAGAGAUUAGAAACACACGAUGUUGUAAUAGAGUGUGCCAAAAUCUCUCUGGACCCCGCAGAAGCCUCGUACGAAGACGGCGACUCCGUGUCCCCGCAGGUGUCCGCGCGCUUUCCUCAUCGUGCGGCCGAUGUGGCUGCCAGCCCUUACGUCGACACGCAGAAUAGCUGUGGGAGUGCUACCUCGACCCCGUAUUCCAGCUCUCGGCUGAUGUUGUUAAAUAUGCCCGGGCAGCCACCUCAGACUCUGAGUCCCCCAGCGACACGGCUGUUGACUGAGCCGCCACAAGCUGCUCUCUGGAGCCCAUCUACGGUUUGUGGUAUGACCACUCCUCCAACGUCUCCUGGAAAUGUCCCACCUGAGCUGUCACACCCUUACAGUAAAGUCUUUGGUACAACUGCAGGUGGAAAAGGAACCCCUCUGGGAACCCCAGCAACGUCUCCCCCUCCUGCCCCGCUCUGCCACUCGGACGACUACGUGCCCAUUUCCCUGCGGCCGGCCACAGCCACACCCCCCAAGAAGGAAGAGAAAACAGAUUCAGCAAGGCCCUGUCUACAUAGACAGCACCAUCUCCCGAAUGACAGAGGAUUAGAAGAGCUACCUGGCAGCAAAGGUUCUGUCACUCUAAGUGACCUUCCAGGGUUUUUAGGAGACCUCGCCUCCGAAGAGGACAGCAUCGAGAAAGCUAAAGAAGAAGCGGCGAUCUCUAAAGAACUGUCCGAGAUCACGACGGCCGAGACCGAGCCCCUGGUUCCUCGAGGAGGCUUUGACUCUCCCUUCUACCAGGACAAUCUCCCGGGCUGUCCUCGCAAGAACCAUUCGGCCACCUCUGGCGCUCAGGGCGCCAGUGUGAACCCUGAGCCUUUAAACUCCUCCCUGGACAAGCUUGGGCCUGACACACCAAAGCAAGCCUUUACUCCCAUAGACCCGCCCUGCGGAGGCACCGCCGAGAGCCCCGCCGGGCACAGGGAGCGCCAGACUUCGCUGGAGACCAGUAUCCUCACUCCCAGCCCUUGUAAAAUUCCGCCUCAGAGGGGAGUGGGGUUUGGAAGUGGGCAGCCUCCCCCUUACGAUCAUCUUUUUGAGGUGGCGUUGCCAAAGACCGCCCAUCAUUUUGUCAGCAAGAAGACCAAGGAACUGUUAAAGAAAGCAAAAGGAAACGCAGAGGAAGAUUAUCCGCCCUCGACCUCCCCCGCGGAAGUCCUGGACAGGCUGGUCCAGCAGGGAGCGGACGCACACAGCAAGGAGCUGAGCAAGUUGUCUUUACCCAGCAAGUCUGUUGACUGGACCCACUUUGGAGGCUCUCCUCCCUCAGAUGAGAUCCGCGCCCUCCGUAACCAGCUGCUGUUACUGCACAACCAGUUACUGUAUGAGCGUUUCAAGAGGCAGCAGCACGCGCUCCGGAACAGGCGGCUCCUCCGCAAGGCGGUCAAGGCAGCGGCCCUGGAGGAGCACAACGCGGCCAUGAAAGACCAGUUGAAGUUGCAAGAGAAGGACAUCCAGAUCUGGAAGGUCAGCGUGCAGAAGGAGCAGGCCCGGUGCAGCUGGCUGCGGGAGCAGCGAGACGCGAUGGUGGCCCAGCUGCACAGCCAGAUCCGACAGCUGCAGCACGACCGUGAGGAGUUCUACAACCAGAGCCAGGAGCUGCAGACGAAGCUGGAGGACUGCAGGAACAUGAUCGCGGAGCUGCGUCUGGAACUGAAGAAGGCCAACAGCAAGGUGUGUCACACCGAGCUGCUGCUCAGUCAGGUGUCCCAGAAGCUCUCGAACAGUGAGUCGGUCCAGCAGCAGAUGGAGUUCUUGAACCGCCAGCUCUUGGUCCUCGGGGAGGUCAACGAGUUGUAUCUGGAACAACUGCAGAGCAAGCACUCGGACACCACAAAGGAGGUGGAGAUGAUGAAAGCCGCGUGUCGGAAAGAACUAGAAAAAAACAGAAGCCACGUUCUCCAGCAGAAUCAGAGGCUUGAUACCUCCCAGAAACGGAUUUUGGAACUGGAAUCCCACCUGGCCAAGAAAGACCACCUUCUCUUGGAGCAGAAGAAAUAUUUAGAAGAUGUCAAAGUCCAGGCAAGAGGACAGCUGCAGGCGGCAGAGAGCAGGUAUGAGGCUCAGAAAAGGAUCACCCAAGUGUUUGAAUUGGAGAUCUUAGAUUUAUACGGCAGAUUGGAGAAGGACGGCCUCCUGAAGAAACUUGAAGAAGAAAAGGCAGAAGCAGCUGAAGCGGCAGAAGAAAGGCUUGCCUGUUGCAAGGACGGCUGCCCGGAUUCUGUGACAGGGCACAACGAAGAGUCAUCUGGCUACAACGGCGAGACCAAGCCCCCUCGACCUGGGGGCGGCAGCGCAAGUAGAGGGGGUGGAGGUGGCAGCGGCGGCGGCGAGCUCUCGACCCCGGAGAAACCCCCCAGCCAGAGGGCAGGCCUGUUCAGCAGUCGGUGGGAAACUGCCAUGGGAGGGUCCGCCACCAGCAUCCCCACGACUGUUGGCUCCCUUCCCAGCUCAAAAAGCUUCCUAGGCAUGAAGGCACGAGAGUUAUUUCGUAAUAAGAGUGAGAGCCAGUGUGAUGAAGACGGCGUGACCAUCAGUAGCCUUUCUGAGACGCUAAAGACAGAACUGGGCAGAGACCCGGGUGCGGAAGCCAAGACCCCCCUGAACCCCGACGGCCCGCACCCUUCCCCCCCAAACCUGGACAGUGUUGGACAGCUGCACAUCAUGGACUACAACGAGACUCAUCAUGAGCACAGCGAAGGAUGACGGUCAAUCAGUGUUAACUUGCAGGUUGCUGGCUUAGAACAGGAGGUGUGAAUGCACGUGCCCAGGCUUUCCUGUUUCCGGGGUCUGGGUGGCUAGCUCACGCGGUGGCAACGGGAUGGAGGUCCUUUUGACAGUUGACUGAAUGCAGAACGGUUUUUGGAUCUGGCAUUGAAAUGCCUCUUAAGUCCCCCCUCAGCCCGCUCCCCAGCCUGUCUCGUUCACCCGCCAGUGUGGGCUAAUCCGAGGGCCAGCUCCUCAGUAGCUUUAUUUUCUUCCUUCCCCCGCAAUGGCCGCGCCCUUUGAACCUGUGCAAUAUGAGGCCAGAUUGAAUCUUUGAGUCUAACACACACUCUCUCCUUUCCUGACACUCGGAGAACGGGUCGGCUCUCCGUUAGCCCAGGUAACUGUGGUGUCGCAGGUAAGUCUGGUUCUGUCCCUUUCUGCGGGGGGGUAGCUUGCGAAGCUGGUUGACUUCACGUGAGACCUUGUCACUGCUUUUUGGUUCUGAAGCGCAGCCCCUGAAGCAGCAGCUCUAGGGAAACAGUGGUUUAUUCGCCCGUCCGUUCUUCGGCGGUUCUGCUAAGCUUUCUAGAAAGUUCUGUGUAAACCGUGUGUUGGUUAGAGGCAUCUGGAGCUGGCGCCAUGGAGACCGCCCUUCCCCUUUGGGAAUGCUCUGUCCCUCCUUCCCCGCUACCUCUUAUUUAUUUGGUGUUUGCUGGAAAGCUGGGACCGCUCCGACCAGGCUGGCGUGGGGAUGGUGAAACCUGCUCCCUGCAGGAGGGGAGAGUGGGGGGCUGAGCAGUUGCACGAGAAGCCCUUGUGGACGAGGAACUGUCCCUCGGGCAGGGCUGUGCUAACUGAGCCUCGGGGUUCAGCUCCCCACCCCAGUCUGUCUGCCUGUCUCCUUUCGUGUUCCCGUGAGCCUCUCGUUUAUGUCAGCUCCUUGGCGAUGCUGCCGCAGAAAGGCUCUGAAGGUCCAAAGAGUUUCUUCAGCGUUUAAAUGACCGUUGCUUCUCAGGCUGCUGGAGCCGCCUUGCUGUUGCUGGUUCUAGACCACCAAAAAGGUAGCAGCUUUCUCACGCCAGCCGAACGUUCCGGGGCCAACCCCAUGGGGAGCUUGGCGAUGCUCCCCUCCCGCACGUUGGUAGUGGCUGAGCCUUCCAGGGCAGAGUCCCGGUGAGCGUUGACAAAGGCGGUCUGACAUGCACCCCAGGCUGCCCGCACCUGCUCAGGGGAGGGGACCCCAGCGCAGCCUCUGAACACUGGCUCCGGAGGUAGAAGCUAGAAGCCGAAGAGUUGUUGCUUAGUAUCCCAGCUGAGGCCGGGGAGACUGGUAGGAAAGAGCCGAUGAACUUGGUUUUUUUCUUUUUAUUCUUUUAGUUAAAAGUAUACGAGGGUUCAGCCGUGGGUGGGGGAAGGAUGGACUGUAAUGGUACGAAAUCUUACUGCUUACAGACGCUUCCAGCACGUGAGGGGAAAGGUCUCUUCUUUCUAGGGUUGUAGUGGAUAUUCUAGCACUCCUAACCCGAGGGGCCUAGGUCCCGAGAGACGCUGUGUCGCCACAACUGUGCUAGCGCGAGACCUCAUCAGGGCAGGGUCUCCCGGUGCGCCCCGCUGCCCGGCCCUGCCCAGCCUGCCCCGCCAGCGGCCGCUGCACGUCCCGUGUGGACUUGCAAUAACCGCACGUGGGGAAUUGUUUUGUCCAAAGCUUGAAAUUGAGCCUGUUCUAUUUACUAGUUCAGUUUUAGAAAAGCAAAACACGAACAAAUUUGGAAAGGAAAAAAAUGUUAACAGGAUUCCUACUGAAACCAGGUCAGAAUGCCUACCCUCCCCCAACCCGAGGGACCCGUGCCCAGAACAAAGACACCAGGCAUUUAAAUCAAAGCCUUUUCCCUGAUUAACUGGCAAAGGCAGAGGCUGAUGUAAAGAAAAAAAAAAAUAUUUUUUAAGAACCGAGCAGAUCGUACGACUACAGGGAGGGAGGAGGCAGUGUGGUGGCAAGAGCCGCGGCCUGCGAGGGAGGCUCCGCGGACAGGCGUCUGGGCCCAGGGCCCUUGGCGCAUCCCUCGGGCCCUGGUGGCUGCUCAGCUCAGUGACUGUGGCUGACCCAAGGGGACUGUGCUCGGCUUCUUUGGGUUCUAGGGUCCCGGCUUUUUAUUCGGCCGCGGCUGGGGGAUUGAGGCCCGGGGGUGUUGAGGUACGCAGCCUAAACACUUAGGGUUUUAUGCCACAAGGGACUCAAGUCCGUAGUAAGGUUUAGUUUGGUUUUAAAAACAAAAAACCUGCCAGGAGUCAACAGGUCACUUGACUGCGCUGCAGCGAAUCUUUUUAAGGAUGGAAAGGUGAGGGCAGAGGGACACGAGGGAGGGAAGCCGGGUCUGGGAGCUGCCAGGGCAGAUGAAGUAGAACAGUUAGCAUCGGGGGCAGAGCCGGUCUCCAGACGGUCGAGCAGCAGCCGGUGUUGACGCAGGUCAGGCUUGGGCUGCCUCUGCCCUGCCACUUGGGGCGGACUCGCCUGCCGCAGAGCCACGUGGCCAGUGUGCGUGACCUGCUCUGAUCCCCACCUGACACGAGCCAAGGCCAGCGCGGGCCCUGGGGUUGGAGUCUGCUUCUCGGACAGCAUGAAAUUCGUUUUCACAAGUAGCACCGCAGUAUCUUGGGGGUGGG